AAUCCUCGCUGGUAGUAUAAAGAUGGGUGUUUAUGAGCCCACAUUACUUACCAUCAACGAAAACAUUGUGUAUGGAUCGUCCGAUGAAGUCGCCAAGUCCGAGAUCAUCAAGGCGGCAAAGGCAGCCAACGCUCAUGAUUUCAUCUCCAGACUAAGGGAUGGCUAUGAUACGCGGUGUGGGGACAGCGGAGUGCAGCUAUCAGGAGGACAGAAGCAGCGGAUUGUCAUAGCCAGGGCCAUACUAAAAAGCCCAGCAAUCCUGCUCCUUGAUGAAGCCACCAGUGCGCUGGAUAGCCAGUUCGAAGAAAGUGGUGCGGGAAGCACUGGAGCGAGUGAUGGUGGGGCGGACGAGCGUGGUGGUGGCGCACUGGCUGAGGACCAUAAAGAAAUGUGGUCUUAUUGCCGUGUUGGAUAAAGGGCAGGUGGUGGAGAAAGGGACCAACAAGUUCUUGUUGGCAAAAGGACCCACUGGAGCUUACUUUUCAUUGGUCAUCCUCCAAAGGACCCCACGGAACAUGGUCAAUUAGGUUUUGUGCAGGAAAAUGAUUUUUGUAUAAUUUUUUUAUUUCAUAUUUUAAUACAAUUUGACGUGUUAU